UCCGCCGGGCCGUUCCCGCCGCUCCGCCGGGCCGUUCCCGCCGCUCCGGGGCUCGGUGGCGCUCGCCGUGGUUGCCAUGGCGGCGGUUCCUGCGGCGACGAGGUGGCGGCUGCUUCUGGUGCUGAGCGCCGCGGGGCUGGGGGUCACAGGCGCCCCGCAGCCCCCCAACAUCGUGCUCCUGCUCAUGGACGACAUGGGGUGGGGCGACCUCGGGGUGUAUGGAGAACCUUCCAGAGAGACCCCAAAUUUGGACCGGAUGGCUGCGGAAGGGAUGCUCUUCCCGAACUUUUACACGGCCAACCCCCUGUGCUCCCCUUCCAGGGCGGCUCUGCUCACCGGACGCCUGCCCAUCCGCAGUGGCUUCUACACCACCAAUGGGCACGCCAGGAACGCCUACACGCCACAGGAGAUAGUGGGUGGCAUCCCAGACUCAGAGCUCCUGCUGCCGGAGCUACUGAAGGAGGCCGGCUACACCAGCAAGAUCGUGGGCAAGUGGCAUCUGGGCCACAGGUCUCAGUUCCACCCCCUGAAGCACGGAUUCGAUGAGUGGUUUGGAUCCCCCAACUGUCACUUUGGACCUUAUGACAACAAGGCCAGGCCCAACAUCCCUGUGUACCGGGACCGGGAGAUGGUUGGCAGAUUUUAUGAGGAAUUUCCAAUUAACCUGAGGACUGGAGAAGCCAACCUCACCCAGAUCUACCUGCAGGAAGCACUCGAUUUCAUUAAGAGGCAGCAGGCAGCUCACCGCCCCUUCUUUCUACACUGGGCCAUCGACGCUACACACGCGCCCGUUUAUGCCUCCAGGCCUUUCCUGGGCACCAGCCAGCGAGGGCGUUACGGGGACGCCGUCCGGGAGAUUGACGACAGCGUUGGGAAGAUCCUGCACCUCCUCCGGGACCUGAGCAUCGCAGAGAACACCUUUGUUUUCUUCACGUCCGACAACGGCGCUGCCCUCAUUUCUGCGCCCAGGCAAGGUGGCAGCAACGGCCCCUUUCUGUGCGGGAAGCAGACCACGUUUGAAGGUGGGAUGAGGGAGCCUGCGAUCGCCUGGUGGCCCGGGCACAUCCCUGCCGGCCAGGUGACCCACCAGCUGGGCAGCAUCAUGGACCUCUUCACCACCAGCCUGUCCCUCGCAGGCCUGGAGCCACCCAGGGACAGGGCCAUCGAUGGCCUGGACCUCCUCCCCACCAUGCUCCAGGGUCGCCUGACAGACAGGCCAAUAUUCUAUUACCGUGGCAACACUCUGAUGGCAGUCACCCUUGGCCAGUACAAGGCCCACUUCUGGACCUGGACCAAUUCCUGGGAGGAGUUCAGGCAGGGCGUGGAUUUCUGCCCUGGGCAGAACGUGUCAGGGGUCACCACCCACUCGCAGGAGGAGCACACUAAGCUGCCGCUGGUCUUCCACCUGGGACGAGACCCCGGGGAGAGGUUCCCCCUCAGCAUUGCUAGCACCGAGUACCUGGACGCACUUCGCCGGAUCACCCCGGUUGUCCGGCAGCACCAGGAGGCCUUGGUCCCCGGACAGCCCCAGCUCAAUGUGUGCAACCGGGCGGUCAUGAACUGGGCGCCCCCGGGCUGCGAGAAGUUAGGGAAGUGCCUGAUGCCCCCGGAGUCUGUCCCAGAGAAGUGUUCCUGGCCCCACUAGCACCGGCUUGGGCUCAGGACAGGCCU